AUGCGCGGCCAGUGGCUGCUAUCGCUGGCGCUGAGCUCCUUGGGAGUUCAAGCUCUUCGCUAUGACGAGAGAUAUGUCGAUUGGAACCUGAACAUGGCACAGGAUGCCACGGAUCCUUUGGACUACUUCACCGUAUACGACAACCACACAUAUCAUCCCAGUCCGGAUAACUGGCGAUUUCCCUUUUACAGUUUCUUCAUGGACCGGUUCGUGAAUGGAGACCCGAGCAACGAUAAUAUAAACGGCACCGCGUGGGAGCAUGACAUCUACGGCACCCAACUCCGUCACGGUGGUGACACUGAGGGUGUUCGUGAAUCCCUGGAUUAUCUUCAGGGAAUGGGCGUUAGAGGCAUCUACCUUGCGGGAAGCAUCUUCUACAACUUCCCUUGGAUGUCAGACACAUACAGUCCUUUGGACCAUACUUACCUCGACGCGCAUUUCGGUACCAUCGCCCAGUGGAGAGAACUGAUCAACGACAUACACUCUCGUGGUAUGUAUGUCCUGCUCGACAACACCAUGGCGACCAUGAGCGAUGUCAUCGCCUUCGAAGGUUACUACAACAGCAGUGCACCUUGGUCCUUCAAGGAACACAAGGCAGUCUGGAAAUCUGGGGAACGCUAUCAAGAUUGGGAGUUCAAAAACGAAUGGCAUGACGAGUGCCCAUACGAAUACCCUCGCUUCUGGGACCAAGGUGGUGCUCUCAUUCAGGAUGAGAAUACCACCAAGAUGAUUGGCUGCAUGGACAGUGAAUUCGACCAGUACGGUGAUGUCGGCGCUUUCGGACAGUACCCAGAAUGGCAGAAGCAACUGUCCAAAUUCAACGGUGUCCAAGAUCGUCUUCGUGACUGGCGUCCGUCUGUUCAGACCAAGCUCCAACACUUUAUGUGUAUGAUGCUUAAAGCGCUCGACUUCGAUGGAUUCCGUAUCGACAAGGCCAUGCAAGUCACCGUAGAUGGCCAAGGCAACUUCUCUCAUGCCAUGCGCGAGUGUGCUGCGAGUAUCGGAAAAUACAACUUCUUCAUCCCCGGCGAAAUCGUCAACGGUAACGCCAACGGAGCUAUCUAUAUCGGACGUGGAAAGGAACCAAGCAUGCAGGUUGACAAUUUGACCGAGGCUGCCACUACCAACUCGACCUAUAUUCGCGAGGACGGAUAUCAAGCUCUUGACGCUGGUGCUUUCCACUACACGAUCUACCGUGGUCUCAUGAGAUUCUUGGGCCUUGACGGAAACCUACUUGCAGCCUCAGAUGCGCCUGUGAACUUCAUCGAUGCCUGGCACGUCAUGGUUCAGACAAAUGACUUUGUCAACGCCAACAACGGCAAGUUCGACCCCCGCCACAUGUACGGUGUAUCCAAUCAGGACGUUCUGCGAUGGCCUGGCCUGAUUAACGGUACACAACGUCAGGUUCUCGGAUCGUUUGUGAACACCCUUGUGGUACCUGGUAUCUCAAUGGUAUCAUGGGGUGAAGAGCAAUUGUUCUAUGUUCUUGAUAACACGGCUGCCAACUACAUCUACGGCAGACAGUCCAUGAGCUCCGCACAGGCCUGGCAGAUGCAUGGCUGCUACAAAGUUGGUGAUGAGAACUUGAGCAACUUCCCGGUCAAUAGCUCUCUUGUCGGAUGCCAAGACGAUGCCGUCUCUCUGGAUCACCGCGACCCUACCCACCCUAUGUACAAUUACCUCAAGAUGGGCCACGAGAUGAGAAGAAGAUACCCUGUGCUAAACGAUGGCUUCGACGUUCGUCAAUUGUCCAACCAGACAUUCCAUUACUACCUCAAUGGCUCCUUCGGUGAACCAACGGAGACUGGUAUCUGGAGUAUCUACCGUGGAGAGUUGGAAGGUGCUCAGGAUCUGUCAGAUGCUGGUGGCUAUGGAAAUCAACCCGUUUGGCUGCUCAUGAGUAACUACAAUGGUUCCAGAAACUACACGUUCGAUUGCAGCAGUACCAGUGGCCAAGCUAUCAUCUCACCUUACGACGCAGGUACCACCGUCAAGAACCUCUAUUACCCCUUCGAUGAGAGAACCCUUGAGCCCUCGAAACAGAAACUUCAUCUGAACGGGUCUACCGAGUACAAUGGUUGUCUCCCCUGGCUUAACAUGACGAUGUAUGGCUUCGCAGCUUUUGUCCCUAAGGACGUUUGGGAAGCCCCUUCCCCCUCGCUUACAAAGAUGAUCCUGAACGACACUUUCAUAGGCCACGACUCACGCAUUAUGGUCAGCGACGAGGACAAGGAGACUUUGACCCUAGAGCUCCGUUUCUCUGGAGAGAUGGACUGCGACUCGGUUCGUCGCUCGAUUAACAUCACCUCCACAACUGGCGAUGGAUCAGUCGCUGUCAUCGACACAGACAGUGUAGAUUGCUUGACUACGGAGCUUUUGGACGAGCCCCUAUUCUAUGGAGCUAGACCAUCCAUCUGGAGAUACCGUACAAACAUCACUAACGUCGCUAAUGGUAUUCAUACGAUCAGUGUCAAUAACGCCACCUCAGCCAGCCAGGAUACCUUUACUGGAUCUAAAGACAACUUGAUGUUCCGUAUUGGCCAGAUCGACAACCCUAUGGUCUUCCCAUUCAAGGCAAACUACAGCUCGACACUGCUGUUUAGCAGCAAUGGCAAGACUAAGCGUGCAUCUGAGUCGUCUGGCACCGCAGAGGAUGCUUUCUAUGUCCAGCAUAAGGCUCCUGGCGCCGAUAAGUGGAGAUACUCUCUUACAUGGGGUGCUGAAUGGUCUGACUGGAUGGACUAUCAGGGCGGCAACAGUACCUUGGAUAAGCAAACUUGGGCCGGCACUAAGAGACAAAAGUGGUCAGGUGAUCACGUCAAGGUCCAGUACUGGUCUAAGGCAUCGGGUAGCAGUGAUCAUAUCCAGGAAGGUGAUGUCUUUGGAUCUGUUGAGCAUGUCCGUCGCUUCCCUCACUUCUUCGUCCACGGAUCCUUCAACGAGUAUGGUUAUGACUCUGGACUGAACAACAAGAUGAAGCUCGUUGGCAACAGCACCUGGGAGUACGACUUCAUGACUGAGUGGCCUUCUCAAUUCCAGCUUAACGUCUGGGGUAUGACCGAGGACGGUGAGCCUGAUGUUUCGGCAGCUUUCGGUGAUAUCGACAACGAUACCGUGCUUGACCGCAUCGGCCCCACCUCUCUGGAGAUGUCAGUCGUCAACAUUACCGACCACGGACCGGAAUCACCGUUCCUUGCAUGGCGCAUUCACUUCAACGAUGCAUCAUUCCGCUACGUUCUACUUCCUGUUGGUAAUCGCUGGAGACAAUUGGCCUUGUUCAUCCUGUUGGCUGUGAUCCCGCCAGUCACCGCUCUGCUUGGAAUCUACUUCUACAAGAAGGCAUUCUACGCUGUCAAGCACAACCUCAUCGGCCUCUCAGACCCUAAGUCGCUGAUUCCCAUCGCUAUCAGGAACAAGUUCAGCAAAGGAGAAGUACUGGACGAGAAGGCUGUGGCUGUUCCGUCCAGCUCCGAAAGCGUUGGUGCCGACGUCGUUAUGGACAACGGCGGUCUCGUCACCGCUGGAGCAAUGGUCAAGCGCAGAACAGUCCUUAUUGGCACAAUGGAGUAUGACAUUUCCGAUUGGAACAUCAAAAUCAAGAUCGGUGGUCUCGGAGUCAUGGCCCAGCUCAUGGGCAAAAAUCUUCAGCACCAGGAUCUCAUCUGGGUCGUUCCCUGUGUUGGUGGCAUCGACUACCCUGUCGACACACCUGGAGAACCUGUCGAUGUCACUAUUCUCGGUAAAGUCUACGAAGUUCAAGUCCAGUACCACAAGCUUGAGAAUAUCACCUAUAUGUUGCUUGACGCUCCCGUCUUCAGAAAGCAGUCGGCCAAGGAACCCUAUCCUGCCCGUAUGGACGAUCUCGACUCUGCCAUCUACUACUCUGCCUGGAACCAAUGUAUCGCCGAGGCAUGCCGCCGAUUCCCCAUCGACCUCUACCACAUCAACGAUUACCACGGUACCAUUGCUCCCCUAUAUCUCCUACCCCAGACCAUCCCUGUCUGUCUCUCACUCCAUAAUGCCGAGUUCCAAGGAUUAUGGCCGAUGCGUAAUGCAAAGGAGAGAGCUGAAGUAUGCUCUGUCUACAACCUUUCCGAAUCCGUGGUUGCAAAGUAUGUUCAGUUCGGUGAAAUCUUCAACCUGCUGCAUGCUGGUGCUAGUUUGCUUCGUCUUCACCAAAAGGGCUUCGGUGCUGUUGGUGUCAGCAAGAAAUAUGGCAAACGCUCUUGGGCACGUUACCCCAUUUUCUGGGGCUUGAACAGCAUUGGUGCUUUGCCCAACCCUGACCCCUCGGAUGUUGCAGAAUGGGACAAGAAGCUGGCCGACCCUAACGAUGCUGUUAUUGACGAGGUCUACGAAUCGUCCAGAGCUGGCCUCAGACGCCAAGCUCAAGAGUGGGCUGGUCUCGAUGUUAAGCCAGACGCUGACUUGUUCGUUUUCGUCGGUCGCUGGAGUAUGCAAAAGGGUAUUGACCUUAUUGCUGAUGUCUUCCCUGCCAUUCUCGAGAAGAACCCUAAUGUUCAGCUUCUUUGCGUUGGGCCUUGUAUCGAUCUUUAUGGCAAGUUCGCAGCUCUCAAGCUCGAUGUCAUGAUGAAGAAGUACCCUGGCAGAGUCUAUUCGAAGCCUGAGUUCACAGCUCUCCCACCCUUCAUUUUCUCAGGAGCGGAGUUCGCCUUGAUUCCCAGCAGAGAUGAGCCUUUUGGUCUCGUUGCUGUUGAGUUCGGUCGCAAGGGUGCUCUUGGUGUCGGAUCGCGUGUUGGAGGUCUCGGUCAAAUGCCCGGUUGGUGGUAUACCAUCGAGUCGCAGACCACCAAGCAUCAGAUGCACCAGUUCAAGAUGGCUAUCGAUGGCGCAUUGAAGUCAAAAUACGAGACUAGAGCACUUAUGAGAGCCCGCUCUGCUAAGCAACGUUUCCCUGUUGCUCAGUGGAAGGAAGACUUAGAGAUCCUGCAGUCCAAGUCCAUCAAGAUUCACGACAAGCGUAUGGAGAAGAAGCAGCGCAACGGUGGUAUGUCCGUCGCCACAACACCGUGGGGCAGUGGCUACAACACUCCUAACAUGCCUGGCUGGAUGACCCCUAGUGGUUGGACCACUCCUGGCGCCGGCACCCCCUGGGGCAGAGGCACACCCAAUCCCAGUCGUCCUAACACCAGACCUUCCUCUCCUACAAGAGAAGGAAACACUGCAGAGUCUUCUCCUACCAACUCUCGCAACAACUCAUUGUCCCUUGGCACUCGUGCAGGUCCCGGCCACGUUCAAACUAGGGCUCGCAGCUUCUCCGGCUCUCGUCCCACACUUUCUCGCAGAAACUCUACUGAGCCGACCCAGGGUAGAAACCGUCUGUCAAGAAUUGAGGACGAAGAGGUCAACAUCACGACCGAAGAAGCACAGCAUGCCAGGGAACAGGCACAAGAAGAGGCUCGCUCCGGCUACCCCUUUUUGAACCAGGAUCCUUUCGGUGCCAACAGCCCCUAUACUUUCUCUCCUGCCGGUACCCCUGGUAUUGCGAGCCCCUCGGCCUCAUCCCCCUUCUUGCCUUUCCCACCUUCCUUGGGCAGGUCAGCCAACGCUGAAUCCACUCUGACUGUCGACAAGGUUAUCGAACAGAAGGAAGACAAGACCCCCCAGGACCUGCUUCCAUUCUUUACCGACUCUACUGGCCUGUACUAUCGCACUUUCGAGCGUAAGCUUGAGGACCUAAGUGGAAAGACUUCUGAGUCUGCCUUGUGUAUCGAGGACUACCUUGAGAAGUCUGAAAAGCAGUGGUUUAACCGUAUGCACGAUGUCAAGAUGGCUAAGGAGACUCCCGCCGCCACUCGUGCGAAUUCGCCUACCGGUGCAUACAACACUACUAAUAUGGACCCCGAAAAGGAGACUUCUGACCAGUUUUUGCUCCCGCAAAACUACCAAGCUCCCACUGGUGUUCGUCGUCUGAUGAUGUACAAGGUCGGUGAUUGGCCCAUUUACUCGUUCUUCCUGGCACUUGGUCAAAUCAUCGCCGCAAACAGCUAUCAAAUCACCCUACUUACUGGCGAAAUCGGCGAGACUGCAAGCAAAUUGUACGUUGUUGCCUGCAUUUACCUCGGUGCUUCGCUGGUCUGGUGGUUUGUCUUCCGUCGUUUCGCUUUGAUUUACACUAUUGCACUUCCUUGGUUCUUCUAUGGCUUCGCGUUCUUCCUGUUGGGUAUGGCUCCAUAUGCCGCAACUAACUCUGGUCGUGGCUGGGUCCAAAACGUCGCUACCGGCUUCUACUCCUUCGCUAGUGCUGCUGGAUCAUUCUUCUUUGCCCAAAACUUCGGUAGCACUGGAUCCGCACCUGUCAAGACCUGGGGCUUCCGUGCUUGUAUGAUUCAAGGCACUCAACAGCUCUACAUCGUUGGUCUUUGGUACUGGGGUGAUAAGCUCUCCGCCCUUAGUGACUCUGGUAAGGGUGCAUCCACUUUGGUGACCUAUGGCUCGACUAUGACAGCUAUUGGUGUCCCGAUUGCAGUAUUCCUUUGGGCUAUCGGUAUACUUCUCUGGCUAGGUUUACCCGCUUUCUACCGUCAAGCACCCGGUGCUGUACCCUCCUUCUACACAGCUGUCAUGAGACGCAAGAUCAUCGUCUGGUUCUUCGUUGCCGUCUUCGUCCAAAACUACUUCCUUGCUUCCAUCUAUGGUCGCAACUGGAAGUACUUGUGGAGCUCCAAGCACGCACCCGGCUGGUCAAUUUUUCUUCUCAUCGUUCUCUUCUUCGUCAUCAUCUGGGCCUUUGCACUCUGGUGGUUCUCUCACCUUAGCACCACCCAUUCUUGGUUUAUCCCUAUCUUCGCUAUUGGUCUCGGUGCACCUAGAUGGUGCCAGAUCCUGUGGAGUUGCAGCAACAUUGGCAUGUACUUGCCAUGGGCCGGUAGCCCUGUGGCUUCGGCACUCUUGGGUCGUGGUCUUUGGCUCUGGCUGGGUGUUCUCGACUCUGUUCAGGGUAUUGGCUUCGGUAUGAUUCUCUUGCAGACCUUGACUCGCUACCACAUCACCUUUACUCUUGUGGCUGCCCAGGUCAUCGGAUCAGUAGCGACUAUCCUCUCUCGCGCUACUGCCCCCGACGCCACUGGACCUGGAGACGUCUUCCCCGACUUCUCAGUCGACUGGAAGAGCGGACUCGCAAGCGCAGACUUCUGGGUCUGCUUACUCCUUCAACUCGGCAUCUGUGUCGGUUUCUUCACCUUCUUCCGCAAAGAGCAGCUUUCUAAGCCUUGAUCCUUGUUUUGCAACCAUUGUACACUUCUCUCUUUUCACUUCGUCACGGCGGCAAAAGUCCAAAAGUACUUGGCUUGUUAUCUGCAUAUCUUUGUAAUCUGUAUGUUUUUUUGUGGAACUUACAUAUCUAGAUUGAUUUCUUUUGCUCCUUUUUCUGUCUUUUUUGUUUGGUCGUCGCUUGUCGUGGACGCCAAAACACACCAUUACUAUACCCUAUAGAUAGCAUUCAUUUUUUUCUCGC